AUGUCAGAUUCUGCAGAGAUGCAACAGCCGGAGUUACUGCUGAAAUCCAUGAAUAAAUUGAAUGGGUAUCAUCCACAACUAAUCAUUCCAAAGAAGACUCUCUUCAAGUGUGAUCUCGAUGACAAACAGUCACGACUCCAAGUUUCUUCCAUGCAUAUGGAAAAUUCAGGCUUCUUAACGGAAGAUGAAAAACGAACCAUAGAGGCACAAAAGAUGAAGAAACGACGGACGGCUGGUUUGAGAGUAGCUUUUAUAGAUCCUGAAUCGCAACAGUACGUGCUUGAGUUACAUAAGUGGACCAAGAGCUAUGCCUUUGUUAAAGGUUGGAAUAAGGUGGUUGAUAAGAACGACAAAACGUUCAAGGUGGGCGACGUUUUCUCUCUCUGGGUUUUCCGUUGCGGAGGAGUGAACCCUGUUCACGACGGCGUCAAUCUUUCGGGUGGCCACGCCGACUCUGUUGUUGACGGUUUGGAGCAAGGUAGUCUCUGUUUUGUUCUGGUUCCUGCAAAAGUUUCUGUUCACGACGGCAAUCUUCCUCAAGAUUCUGGUCACGACGGCCACAACGACAAUCUUCCUCAAGAUUCUGUUGAACCUAGCUCUUUUUUCGACGAGUCUUACGAGUUAAACCACCUGUUCUUUGAUCAAGAAGACAGUCAAGGCUAUCUUCCCGACGAAGAUGAAGACUUUGGCUUCAACGAUGAUGGCUCGAUUCGUGAUUCCGGUCACUACCAGUGA